AUGGACGCAUGGGACCUGCUUCAGCUUGAUGGGAAAGUGAAGGGGGCAAGUCCAGCUCCUAGCGAACAAGUGGGGCCAGCUCCAACUCCUGCUGGUGGACUGGGGCCAGCUUUGUCUCCAACGAUCAAGCGGGGUCAUCUCUGCCUCCUGAUGGUGGAAUGGGGCCAGCUGCAGCUCCUGAAGGUGGAAUGGGGCCAGCUGCAGCUCCUGAAGGUGGAAUGGGGCCAGCUGCAGCUCCUGAUGGUGGAAUUGGGCCAGCUGCAGCUACUGACAGUCUGGUUUAGUGGCCUGGCAUUGCUGAGCGCCUUGGCUCUGUGCCAUGGUCUGCGUCGUCCCACCAGCCACCAGCACCAGCCCCAGGGUCACUGCUACAGCAUGGGAGAGCUGCGGGACGGGGAAGCCCCUGCACACCUCCUGGGGCUGCGAUGGGACCACUACCUGCCAGUGCAACUGGUGCCACAACUGGAACGGGUGCAGGAGGUCACCAAUCGCCACCGCCGCCACCGCCGCCACCGGCACCGCACUUGCCCUGCUCUGCAGCUCCCUGCCGGCCUCCGCAGCGAGCCCAACGAGCGCUCCAUCUCCCCGUGGAGAUACCGCAUCGACGAGGAUGAGAACCGCUACCCCCGCAAGCUGGCCUUCGCCGAGUGCCUCUGCAGCGGCUGCGUCGACGUCAAGACCGGUCGGGAGACCACCUCGCUCAACUCCGUGGCCAUCCACCAGAACAUGAUGGUCCUGAGGCGCAAGCCCUGUCCUCGCCCUGCUGGCCACGGCCUUGUCACCUUUGAGGUGGACUACAUCAGGGUGCCCGUGGGCUGUACCUGCGUCCUGCCCCGCACCACUCGCUGAGGAGCUUCACCGCCACGCUCCCGUGAAGCCCCAUAGUGUGACCGUGUCACCACAUCCACCCACCCCGUGCUUGUUUUAGAGCACCCCCCUGGCUCCUCCCGAGCCAAGCGUCCCCCCUCCACCCCUCGCCUUGUUAUUUAUCUCUUAUUUAUCAGCCUUGCCGCCGGGGGACCUGGUUUAACCCCUAUUUAUUGCUGACCCUCCCACCUUGUCAAGGCUCCGACAGAUGGACCCUGUGAGCACCGUGGUGGGGCUCACUGGUUUAUUUA